AUGGGCACUACAAACAAUGAAGAACUCAUAGAGAAUGAGAAUUGUGACGGAGAUGACAUCGAAAAGGUUGGAGUUGAGCCAGAGGACGUGAGGAAAAUAGCAUCAUGGGACAAACAGAUCACAAUUCGAGGACUAAUAACUAGCUUCCUUAUUGGUAUCAUUUAUAGUGUGAUUGUGAUGAAGCUGAACCUCACAACUGGGCUAGUCCCUAAUCUUAAUGUUUCAGCUGCUCUCCUUGGAUUUGUGUUCAUUCGAGGUUGGACUAAGCUUCUUGAGAAAGCAAAGGUUGUUUCAACACCAUUCACUAGACAGGAGAAUACUAUAAUUCAGACUUGUGCUGUUGCAUGCUAUAGCACUGCUUUUGGAGGUGGUUUUGGGUCUCAUCUCUUGGGUUUGAGUAGGAAGACAUACGAGCAAGUAGGGGUUGAUACAGAGGGGAAUACUCCUGGUAGCACCAAAGAACCUGGAAUUGGCUGGAUGACAGGCUUUCUCUUUGUGACAUACUUUGUUGGGUUAUCGGUAUUAAUUCCUCUUAGAAAGUUGAUGAUAAUAGACUAUAAAUUAACUUAUCCAAGUGGAACUGCUACAGCCGUUCUUAUUAAUGGGUUCCAUACUCCUAAAAGCGAUGACAUUGCCAAGAAGCAGGUUCAUGGUUUCAUGAAAUUCUUUUCAUUUAGUUUCCUUUGGUCUUUCUUCCAAUGGUUCUAUUCUGGUGGAGAUCAAUGUGGAUUUAUUCAAUUCCCUACUUUUGGAUUGACGGCAUGGAAAAACUCAUUUUACUUUAACUUCAGCAUGACUUAUGUUGGAGCAGGAAUGAUUUGUUCCCAUCUUGUCAACUUAUCCUUGCUUCUUGGUGCCGUUCUCUCAUGGGGCAUUAUGUGGCCAUUGAUAAGGGGACUAAAAGGACAAUGGUUCCCUGAGAGUUUACCAGAGAGUAGUAUGAAGAGUAUUAAUGGUUAUAAGGUUUUUAUUUCCAUUGCCUUAAUUCUUGGUGAUGGGUUCUACAAUUUUGUCAAAAUUAUGUAUUUUACUGCCACAAAUAUCCAUGCCAGCAUGAAAAGGAGAAAUCACAAAACAGUUUCAAUUUCAGGUAAUCAAAAGCAGGCUGUUGAUGAUCUCAGACGCAAUGAUGAAGCAUUUGUAAGAGAAAGCAUCCCUAUGUGGUUGGCAUGUUCUGGUUACAUACUGCUCUCCAUCAUUUCUAUCAUUGUCAUCCCUUUUAUGUUCCCUAAGGUGAAGUGGUAUUAUGUGGUGGUUGCCUAUCUGCUUGCACCCUCUCUUGGCUUCUGUAAUGCUUAUGGUGCUGGCUUGACUGACAUGAACAUGGCUUAUAACUAUGGGAAAGUGGCUCUCUUUGUACUUGCAGCCUUAGCCGGGAAAAACGAUGGUGUGGUUGCUGGACUUGUAGGGUGUGGUCUGAUUAAGUCUCUUGUUUCAACCUCAUCUGAUUUGAUGCAAGAUUUCAAAACUGGUCAUCUCACCUUUACUUCCCCUAGAUCAAUGCUUCUAACUCAAGCUAUUGGGACAGCAAUAGGUUGUGUUAUUGCACCAAUCACAUUCUUUCUUUUUUACAAGGCUUUUGAUGUGGGGAAUCCAGAUGGUGAAUACAAAGCCCCAUAUGCCAUCAUAUAUAGAAACAUGGCAAUUCUUGGUGUUGAAGGCUUUUCUGCUCUCCCCCAUCAUUGCUUGCAUUUCUGUUGUGGGUUUUUUAUAUUUGCUGUAGCAUCCAACUUGGUGAGAGACCUUAACCCCAAAAACAUUGGGAGAUUGGUUCCACUUCCAAUGGCAAUGGCUGUACCCUUUGUAGUUGGUGCUUACUUUGCAAUUGACAUGUGUUUGGGUAGUUUGAUUGUGUAUGUAUGGAACAUGCUAAAAGGCAAGGAAGCUGGUUUCAUGGUCCCAGCUGUUGCUUCUGGUUUGAUGUGUGGAGAUGGUUUGUGGAUCCUCCCCUCAUCUAUUCUUGCUUUGUUCAAGGUUCGUCCUCCAAUCUGCUUGACGUUUUUGGCAGCCAAGUAG